AGCAUAAUCACUGUGGCAUUGCGAUAGUAUACUCUUUUCUAUCUCCAGUAAUUAACAUGGAUAAUUUGUAAUUAUUCAGUACAUCAUCCAGCUGACUGGAAAUUGAAUUGAUGCAGUGAUGUAAUGGUCUUUAAAUAAUUAACAUGUUGAGAAAAGUAAAAGCUUGGAUGAGCAGAAAAAAAUCAAUGAGAGUGAGAGGGCACAAAUGAGAAAGAGAGAGAGAGAGAGAGAGAUGGAGGAGUAGAGAGAAUGAGAAGAGACAGGCAGAUGGAUGCAAACCCCACCCAGGCCUACAUCCUCUGCCUUCUCAGUCCGGUGAUAAGCAGCUGAGGAGGAAGUCGAGUAUUAUUUCAUCAGGACAUGUGAGGGAGGAUGAGCGUUUCUGUUUGCUGAGGAUGAAUCUGUGCUUUGGGAUCAGCGGGACGCAGAUGCUGUAGGCUGUAAGCAGUCUCCAUCUGAUGACCCCACAGGCACCUGACAGGCCAAAGAUUUCAAAUAACAAAGCUGAUUUUGACUUCACAUCCUCCAGAAUUUGUAUCCAGCCCCUGGAUAUUAACAGCUGAACAGUGGAAUUUUAAUGUGCUUGUGGGCCAAAGUGUGUUUAUCUGGCUAAGCAUCCUAGCUUCUCACCCAAAUUGGCUGGAUGUGUAGAGUCCCUGGCUGCUGCCAGUCUUGUUUAGCUCUGGCAUGAAGCUGCAGUAAAGUAGCUUUCCCUCAGGAGGCAGAAACCAUUGAAAAGGAAGACUGGAACCGUGGAAGAAGGCCCUGUUCCUAGGCAGGCCUCGGCUGCUUGGAUCUCCUUCACCUCUUCCUAGCUUGUCCACAUACCUAAAAGACUUUUAAUUGACAGGUGACAUUAUUGGACAUGUGGAUGCUGCUAACGUGGUUUUUGUGCCCAUUUUGGAAAACCAUCUAGUUGAGAUUGACAUCUCAGGGCAAGACACAGCCAUGGAGGGUCUUGAGCAACUCGACAUGGUGGGAGAUGUCAGCCCGGCCCUGGAGGCCACAGAGGACUUUAUUCACUGCAUGGAUGGGUUACAAGGCCAAGGUCAAAGCCAAGCACAGACAGGGAACCUCCAUCCUCCGUGGCAGCCUAAACAGCUGCAGGAGGUAUCCAGUGCUGCACUGGGGAAGCUGACCUCCAGUGGUGUGUGGAGCCUGCUGGCUGGAGAACAGCUGGAGGUGGGGCCCUUAGGCCUGGCCUGGGCCGACAACCUCAGUGUGUUGGGGCUGGGGAUGGGCCCGAGGCAUGGCAAGAGAAGCCGAGCACGCUCCACCAAUGACCUGGCAGCCCACACCAAGGAGUGCACCAACAACACUGCAAACUCCUCAUCCAACUCAGCCUUCAGAAAGGGACACAACCGGUCCAGGUCAGACGUCAACUAUCGGCCAUCUGCGUUGACAGAUAAUGGACUGCCCACUGUGGACUGCAACACCCUGAAGAACAUGAUCGUCAACCACCGGCAAGAGAGUGAGUUCAAAAUCCCCUCUGAGAAAAGCAGCAGUAGCAGUGUGGUGAAGCAGGGUGAGAUGGAGCAGCGAGAGGGGCCCCGGGGCCGCUGGACACCCUGCCAUGUUGAGCUGACACCUUGCGAGCUUCGGCUCUACACUCUAGACAGCAGCGCCAACCGCAAGCUGGGCACCGCCUACUCGCUGUCACACUGCCAGAGCGUCAUCGCACCAGCGCCCUGCAGCCAGCCCGGCCAGAUCAUGCAGUCCGCUGAUCAACGAACGCUCCAGGCUUUAUUCUUCAACAGCAUGCGUCUCCAGCUGAGGGUGGCCAACCAAUGGGAGGCCAUGGAGUGGAGACGGCUGAUGUGGGAGAAGGUGCAGGCAGCCAGACCUGUGAGGCAGGAGAACCGCCAGUGUAAGUACAGAGCAGAAAACCAGCAGGCCGCCAAGUUUCCUGCACCCAUGUCACCCUCCUCGUCGCCUUCUCCAUCGGGGCUCGACACCAUGCCUGAUGGCGACAGCGAUACCCCUACCUCAGCAGAGGCAUCACUCCAGGCUAAUUCUGGUGUCCUGAGCAGACCCACCACCCUGCCUCUCUUCACCCAACGCUGCCAAGAUGUCAUCAAAGCUGGUCUGCUCCACCUGCUGAUGGAUCAGAACAACUGGCAGGCCUUUACCUUUAUCCUGACCAGAUCCACCUUCAAGGCCUUCCCUACUGAAGGCCGUGGAUCAGUGUCUCAGCCUGUCCUCCAGUACUCCCUGGUCUCCUGCUUGGCUGUGCAGCAAAGUCAGGAACCAGAGAACGGAGAGAAUAGAGGGGAGUGUUUCCAAGUAGCUUUCCCCAAAGAGGUACUCCAACUUCGGGCAGACAGUCGGCUGAAGGCCCAGCAAUGGGUGGAAGCCUUGCAGCAGACAGUUGCAGCACAGAAGCCUGCACAAGAAGGAGGAGGAGAACUGGGAGAGGGAGCUCCAGGCCUGCAGGGAGUGCUGUUGAGAUCGAAGCCAUCCCGAGAGAGGAGGCAGCGGGAGGCCCAGAGAGCGAAGCGGCAGUCAGUUACCACCAGUUUCCUCAGUAUUCUCACAUGUCUGGCUGUGGAGAAGGGGCUCACUGCUCAGAGCUUCAGAUGUGCAGGUUGUCAGCGUCCAGUCGGUCUGUCCAGAGGAAAAGCUAAGGUGUGCUGCUACAGUGGCUGGUACUACUGCCAGAGCUGCCACCAGGACAACUCCUUUCUCAUCCCAGCACGGCUGCUGCACAACUGGGACACCAGCAAGCACAAGGUGUCUAAACAGGCAAAGGAGUUCCUGGAGUUUGUGUAUGAGGAACCUCUGCUGGACAUCCAGCAGCUCAACCCUUGUCUGUAUGAGCACUGUGAGCCUCUCAGCACUGUGCUACGUCUCCGUCAGCAGCUUCAGUCGCUGCGGGCCUACCUGUUCAGCUGCCGUGCGACCAUUGCAGAGGACCUCCGACGAAGGAUCUUCCCCAGGGAAUACCUGCUACAGCAUAUUCACCUGUACUCCGUGGCUGACCUGCAGCAGGUGAUUGAUGGAAAACUGGCUCCCUUCCUGUCCAAAGUGAUCAAGUUUGCUAGCUCCCAUGUUUUCAGCUGCAGUCUGUGUCGAGAGAAAGGCUUCAUCUGUGAGCUCUGCCACAACGGACAGGUCAUCUACCCUUUCCAGGAGAACGCCACCAAGAGGUGUGACGGCUGCGGUGCCGUUUUCCACGCAGAGUGUCGACAGAAAGCUCAGCCGUGUCCUCGCUGUGUUCUCCGAGAGCUCCACCACAAGAGGCCGUCCUCCUUCUGGUCGCCUGAUGACGACAGCCCCGGGUGCUUUCAUCUGCCCUACCAAGACACCUGAGACACACACAAACAGUAGCAGUUGCAUUGGCAGGCCAUGAUGUUGGACAAAGUGAUUUGUGUUUAAACUCUGUGAGGAUGAGCUCAAAGCAUGUGAUGCAUCUUCAGUUUUGUGUUUACCUGCUAAAACACACACCUGUGCUGAGCCAUCUUUGUCCUCCUGCAAAGAGUAGGAAGAGAACAACUGAAGAACUGAUGCACCAGGCUUUAUGGACUGAUUUUGUAGUCGUACAUCCUCAUAUGAAGUCGUCAUCCGCCAUCUUCACCUCUGCACCACAUCACUACCUUCACUUGUUUCUUAUUCCAAGCUGAUACACAGAGAAAUUCAGAACUGAUUGAAACAUUUUGGUGGCUUGUCCUAGCCAACGUCUUCCACCUGCUUGAGUUUAGUGAAUGAUUAAUCAGGAAUGAGCAGUUUUAGCAAUUGAUUGUUCAUGAAAAAGGCUAAAUACUCUCUGGUUCCAGCUUCUCACAUGUGAAGGUUUGCUGUUUUGUGUUUGGUUUGAACAGUUGGUCAAAUAAAAAUAAUAAUAAUAAUAAUAAUAAGCAAAUGAAAAAUGUCACCUUGGCUUCUGGUGACACGUGAAGUUUUUUCGUCUUAAUUCUUCAUUUAGUCUGCGACUGAUUUAAUCAGUAAUGAACAGGAUUAGUUGCCGCCUGACUCCUGUUAACGCGAUAGAAAUGUGGCUGGAAAACACUUUGUAGUUAGAUUUUUUACAGAGUAGCAGCUGUUGCCAACUUCAUGUCAGUUACGACGGAAUCAUAAGCCCCUUCUCCACCAUCCGGUAUCGGCUCAACUCGCCUUAUUUCAUUUUCCAUCAGUCAAAGGUUGGGGAUAGUACCUGGUACUAUUAUUUUGUUGCAUUGCCUCAGUUGAGGUUCCAAGUGAGCUGCAGUGAUACCAAACGGUGAUGUGUAAACACAGACGACUACCAAUUGGUCAGAGAAGCUCAUCAUUACUACGCAGUGAUCUUGCCGGGAUGUUUACAUGCGAUGACGUCAGUCGCUUGUUGUUCAUUCAUUUAUAACAGUAGCUGCUGCUUCUUUCUCACAAGUGCUAAAGUUUAAGGUGACAGAGGCCUCGAGCCACUGUUACUAUAUAAUAUAACUGUUAUACUACAUGAAUCACCACAGCAGAGUACGAGCACAAUGGCUACAGCUAUGCCUGCUAAGUAGCUCUGCCUAGCUGGCACAUUAGCGGGUCACCACAUCUCCAAAAACGUUGGAGCAAAUUUGUAAUUGGUAGUGCCUGGAUAGAUUGACCACAUAUUUGAAAACUAAAUGGUCAUCGUCUCGCUUGAAAAACCAUCAUAACAGUACUAGGAUGGAAAUUAUAAUGGCUUUGACCAUCUGUGGUAGAAAACAAAGCACCUGGUACCAAAUGUGAAUAGGGUUGAGCCGAGUUGAGCCAGUACUAGCUGGUGGAAAAGAGGUUAUGCAUUAACCAUGGUGGGGUUACAAAGAAAAAAAAAGCAUUGGAACAUCAGGAGAAACUUAUCAAAUCACUUCUGCAGCACAAUCUACUACUUGUCUGUCCAUGUGUGCACCUGCUGUGUCCCCAGCACACUGUUAUAUUUGUAUUAAUGUUAAAAAUAAAUAAAUAACUAAUCUCAUAGCAUCUCACGUCUAGAGUGCUUCAGGUUUAUCACACAUGAGAACACUGCAUAGAGCUUAGGCUACUUUACAGCCUGUCACAUUAGCAAGUGUUGGUUAGGAUCAUUUCUUUGAGACAUCACCUUGGCGGUUUUAGUUAAAUCCAGUUUAAUCGUUAUUUCUUAUUUACAGGUCAUUAUUCCAGACUACACACUGCAGCAGUGUGUUUAGUCACAUCAGAUCAUUUAACACACACAGAUCAACCAUGGCACAGUGGAUUAUGCUGCAUGGACGGUCCAUCACUUCCUGUGGACAUGUGAUCAUUUUUCCCAACUUGACACUAUUGAAAUCUAUUGUAACUGACAAUGUCCGAACUGACCACAGCUGCUGCCGUUUUACAUUAUAGUCUUCAAUGGGGGCAUAUGAUAACAUUUGGGGUUCACUUAGUAACUGAAGCCAUUAGACUAGAAUAUUUUACCAAAUAAUAAAAAGUGAAAUCCUAGCUGUGACUGAAGUAUAAACAUCUUUUCAUCUCAUUCUCCAUUUCCUUAAACUGAGUUAUUGAACUUGUAGAUGCAUAAUCCAAGAUGUUUUAACUCAAUGAAUUCACUCAUUCUCUCAGUGAUCAUUCUAUGUAAAUGUCAACAGACUUUAAUUCAAGAAGACUGAGCACAAUUCCUUCCCUCUAUCAGUCUAACUGUAAAAUAACAGGCAAUAAUAAUAAUAAUCUGUAACCUGGUCGUUCAUUGUUGCCUUUCCCUCCUCCCUUCCUUUGUGAUUCUACUUCCUCUUGUGCUUUAUUCAUGCAGACUCUAUCAAACAUGAUAGCAGCUUUAGCUUUUAGUAUCUCUAUGCAACCUAGAUGGCCUUUAUAACCCACUGCUUUCAUGUAAAGGUCUGGAGUUGUUUUUACGUUUUAUUGCAACAGCUGUGUUUCCAUCCAGGUUUAAAGUGUUUCUGUUUUUUCAGUCUAAAAUGAAAAAUAUUUUGGAGAAGAAGAAACUAAAUUCCACCCCCAUUUAAAGCUGCACUCCCUGAUUUUUAUUACAGAGAUGUUAUUUUAAGUUCAAAAUGCUGUAACCUGUGAUCAUUUGGAUGGAGAUGUAGCUGCUGCUUCGUCCUGUGACGCGUUUUCUUUUCUGAUAAGCUGGUCUCAUUUUAGUUCCAGUGUUAAAUCCUUGCUGUUCUUUUGUUAAAUCUUUUUGAGCCAUAGGAACAUGUCGACUUUAAAGGGAAUCUAUGUGCAAAUAAUCUGCUGUAAUCAGCACUUGACUGAUAAACCUCUGGAAUAUGUAUUUUUGUGAAAAGCAGAGAUCGGACUGAUGGUUAUUUAUGUUUAUAAAGCACAUAGGACACUGUAGACAAGCUAAAUACCCCAGUUUAGUUCAAAUUAUGGCAGGAUGACAAGUGUUGCAUUCAUUUAGUUUUUACUUGAAGGCUAAACCUGCAGCCAUGCUAGGUGAUGCUCAGUGUUUAAGUUAUUGUGGACUGUCUGUGCCUGCUGCAUGAAAAACUAGUGAACAUUUUGACUGAAGUUCUUUAGUUUUUUCAUGCUAUUCAUUUGUGCCCUACGGAGGCCAACAGGUGCCGGGGACUGGUACUGCUAAACCUAAACCUAAACCUAGACCCAGACUGUGACUUGAACCUACUAGGGAUGUGACGAUAUUUGUAAUUUUGUGAUGUUGUGAUAGGAAAAAAAAAUGUCUCCGCCAUCAUGGGACUGUGACAAAAUCUACCGGGACAUUGCAUAUGGUUAGCUCGCUAGUACAGCUACGUUCAGGGCACAGAAUUUCAAAUUGACAUACAAUAGCGAAUUUUAGUGCUGUUGUGUGGCAGCGUUUCAGUUGUACUCUUUUGAGAAAUGACACAGAACUAUUUAGAAAUACUGCCAGAUGGGGGUCAGCCAAAAUACUAGUGCUGUUCGGGACUGAGACAAACGAGGUGCAUUUAACCAGAAACUGUCGAGAUGGCUGUGCAUUAUACUUUAAUGGAGAUGGCCAAACAAACCACAUAUGGCAAACCAAUCACUUAUUAACCGACUAUAAAGUCUUUUGUCUUGAAAAAGUAGACCACAGUGUUUGAAAAUAUUAUCAUAUCGUGGACUUUUUAUGGUGGUAAUAUGCUACUGUGAGCUUCUGGUGUCUUUCCAUCCCUGACAAUUUAAUGUUAACAAACCGAAAAACAAACCCCGAAACGGCUCCAAGCUGAUGGGGUCCUGGUAACGUACUAUCAGUGAUUAUCAAUGGAAGUGUAAACUUAUAGAAAUGUUUUUACAUGGUACAAUGUAAACUACGUUAAAGGGAGUUUAAAAGAGAAAACCUGAAUCAUGGUUGUCACUUUGUUGGAUCUAUUCUAACAAGGCUGCCGAAGCUUUACGAAUGCAAUAAGAUCAAAUUAGUGGAUGUCAGGCUAAUGCUCAGGUUCAAAGGGCACAGAAAACUGGAGGAAGCUGAACAUACGGUGCUCAAACUGUCUGGGACAAAUAGUUCCUGUCGCUACACGAACCUGAUGCUUAUACUGCACAGAACAUUAAUGAACCUCUGUCCCUGUUGGCUUCUGUAGUUUUCCUCCAUGCUACUGUGGCUAACUGAUCACUUACAUCUUUAUGAAUUUGCUUGUUUUAUGCAGAAUGUUCAUUCAUAUAAAGUGUAUUUUUAAACGGGUCUUUCUAUAUUGUUCCAUUUUCAUUUCUUCUAAACAUAAAUAUGAUCUAAGAAUCUAACGUAUGAUGUGUUUUGUUAGGUAUUUUUCAAAGCUUUGUUCCGUUAUCUUUCCUCUCUAGUGACAACACCCAGUUUUGAGAAAGUUGAAAUCUGAAGAUUAACGCACUGAUCUGUGUUUACAGCUUGUAAGAAUACGCAGCUGUUCUUUAUGUUGCAGGCACAUUAUGUAUUAAUAUGUUUGGAGGAGACCAUAUUGUACAGUAUUUAAGCAGCGUAUCUUUUGCACUUUAUCAUUUAAACAAUUAUUGUUUCUUUUGAUCACAGCCAAACUCUUAGUGAGAGCAGGGAGUUGAUUUUGUUGUUUUGUUUUUAAAUCAGCCCUUCCUCCUGCCUGGUUUUGUUCAAAUGUGACCACUAGCCACUGAUGCCAAUAAAGACAAACCUC